GUGUCCCCAGAGAACGCACCGUGUGUACUGUGUGCGGCUGGCUCAGGUUCUCGUAGACGACUACUGUAGCUUGGUGCCGGGCUCUGGGCCCACGCUGCAGAACAUCCACAGUGCCAGCCCGCGCUUCUGCUGCCAGUUCAUCACGGCUGUCACCACGCUCUACGACCUCACCACAGAGGAGCUCACCCCCCCGUUAGAACUCCUCCAGAUGACUGUGUCGUGGAUCCAAGACGACCCUCGUCUAGUCCUCAUCAACUUCCUGAACACGCCCCUCUCCGGCAAUCACCCAAUCAGCUCACUGGAUGUCACACCUUUAGGGGGCUUGAUGCGCUGGUGCGUUAAAGCCCCCCUAGCAUACAAGGGAGACAAGGGAGACAAGAAGCAGGCCUUGACCAAUGGCAUUACAGAGAGAGAGGGGGAGGUGGGGCCUAUGUUCUCUGCUCUCCAUCUGAGCGUCCUACAG